AUGAAGGCCAUAGUCAUUGCAACCUUCUUUGGUGUGUUUCUUAUAUGUACAUAUGCAGCUAAGGAAGUCACAAAGAAGACGAAAAAAGCCAAGCUAUAUGUACCCCAGAUCGAUUGCGAUGUCAAGGCGGGGAAGAUAAUAAAUCCAGAAUUCAUUGCAAAAUGCCCUCCUGGAUGUCAAGAUGUAAAAUACCGUGUUUACGGCACAGACAUUUAUGCAUCCUUUUCCAGUGUGUGCAAUGCUGCAAUUCACAGCGGUAUAAUCGACAACGCAGGUGGGAAGAUCCUCGUACAGAAAGUCGCUGGCCACUCAGGUUACCGUGGAACCUUCUCCAACGGGGUCCGGUCACUGUCACUGCCGCGCUGGAGGGAGUCCUUCAUCGUGUCAGAGGGCAAGCCAAGAAAAGGUGUGACAUAUCCAUCAACUCUCGAAUAUUCUUCUUCAAAAAGCACAGCUGUUAAAUUGGAGCCUAAAAAGCCAGAGCAAGACCUGAAAGUUACAAAGAGUGCAGAUACCGCUAACACUUCAGAAAAAGCAUCGGAACAAGGGGAUGCAGUCCGCAAGGAGUAUCAGAUGUCCUUGGUACUGACACCAGCUACACAAAUGGCCACCACAACCCCUACUCCAACGACCACGACGACAGAUCCUUCCACAACACCAAAGCCAACCACAACACCUACAACAACCAGAACCACAACAGUUGCAGCUGCAGCCAAGACUCGACCCGGACUGCAUAGGGUCAGAGAUAUAGGUUCUAGCAGUGUCCACCCAGCAUACUCAUCUGUGGUAGCUGCAGCAUCAAGACAGGUUCAAGCUGCACAAGGAAGAGGACAGAAUACAGCAUUCAGGGGCACUUCCACCUCUACAAGUAACAGGAAUAUUUUACGACCCAAUACAGGUAUUCAGCGCCAAGAGCCUGUUGCUGCCUUCUGGAGGGCUGCCGGCUCUCCAGCCCACCUGGCAAUGGAAACAGACUCAUGGAAACCUGGAUUGAGCCUUUUUGACACAGGCUUCAGUUCAAAAGAAGAAUUGAAUCCGAAGCCACUGGAGCCCACCUCCCAGGGGAACCCAAAUUGCAAGGUUGAUUUGUCCUUCCUGAUGGAUGGGAGCUGGAGCAUUGGUAAACGCCGCUUUCAUCUCCAGAAGCAGUUCCUCGGUAACGUGGCUCAAGCCCUUGGCAUCGGCAGCAGUGGCCCUCUGAUGGGCAUCGUUCAGUACGGUGAUGACGCUUCCACAGAAUUUAACUUAAAAACCUAUACCAACUCCAAGGAUCUAAGAAAUGCCAUUGAGAAAAUCCCACAGAAAGGUGGACUUUCCAACGUUGGAAAGGCACUUUCAUUUGUUAACAAAAACUUCUUUUUGGAUGCUAAUGGAAACCGAGGUGGAGCACCCAAUGUGGUUGUAGUGAUGGUGGAUGGGUGGCCGACUGACCGAGUGGAGGAGGCCUCCAGGCUGGCCAGGGAAUCGGGGAUCAACAUUUUCUUUGUCACUAUUGAAGCAGCUGCUGAAAGUGAGAAGCAGAGUAUUAUUGAACCAAACUUUGUGGACAAGGCAGUAUGCAGGACAAAUGGUUUCUACUCCAUCAACGUGCCCAGCUGGUUCAGCCUACGCAAGGUGGUCCAGCCCUUGGUGAAGCGAGUCUGCGACACCGAUCGGCUGGCUUGCAGCAAGACGUGCCUCAAUUCAGCUGACAUCGGUUUUGUCAUCGACGGCUCCAGCAGUGUUGGAACCAGCAACUUCCGCACAGUUCUCCAGUUUGUAGCCAACAUCAGCAAGGAGUUUGAGAUUUCGGACACCGACACCCGCAUCGGAGCUGUGCAGUACACCUAUGAGCAAAGGCUCGAGUUCAGCUUUGACAAGUACAGCACGAAGCAGGACGUGCUAAAUGCUAUUAAAAGGAUCAGUUACUGGAGCGGUGGGACCAGCACGGGAGCAGCCAUCAGCUAUGCCUCAGAGCAGCUGUUCAGCAAAUCCAAACCUAACAAAAGAAAGAUCAUGAUUCUCAUUACCGAUGGCAGGUCUUACGACGAUGUCAGCGUGCCGGCCAUGGCAGCUCACCAAAACGGAGUUAUAGCUUACUCUGUCGGAGUGGCUUGGGCAGCCCAAGAUGAACUGGAAGCUAUCGCAACGGACCCUGACAAGGAGCAUUCCUUCUUCGUGGAUGAAUUUGACAACCUCUACCGCUUUGUUAAUCAGCUCAUUCAAAACAUUUGCACAGAAUUUAAUUCCCAGCCACGGAAUUGA